AUGGCGACUAGCGAUUCUGAAUUCAAUCCUGAUCUACUUCUCGCUCACAAGCUCCCCGAGUCGCGUUACACCUACAACGAAAGAGAUGCAGCGAUCUAUGCCUUGGGAAUCGGCGCUUGUGGCAAAGAUGCUGUUGAUUCCGAUGAGCUGAAGUAUGUGUAUCACCAAAAUGGUCAGGAAUCUAUUCAGGUCCUACCAACUUUUGCUUCACUAUUGUCGCUUGGAUCUUUGACAGAAGGACUGGAUUUGCCAGGUUUUACAUAUGAUCCAAGUCUCUUGUUGCAUGGACAGCAGUACAUAGAAAUAUACAAGCCAUUGCCUUCCAAGGCUUCUUUAAUUAACAAAGUAAGCCUAGCUGGAUUGCAGGAUAAAGGUAAAGCAGCUAUACUUGAAAUAGAAACCAAAAGUUACGAGGAAGGUUCAGGGGAACUGUUGUGCAUAAAUAGGACGACUGCAUUUUUACGAGGAGCUGGUGGUUUCUCAAAUUCACCUCAACCAUUUUCUUACAAAAACUAUCCAAGUAACCAGGGCUUACCUGUGAAAAUCCCCCAAACACAACCUUCGACAGUGUGCGAAGAGCAAACCCAACCAUCACAGGCAUUGCUUUAUAGGCUCUCUGGUGACUAUAAUCCUCUGCAUUCAGAUCCAGAAUUUGCAAAACAUGCCGGGUUCCCACGUCCGAUACUGCAUGGACUUUGCACACUCGGGUUUGCAAUUAAGGCAAUCAUCAAGUGUGUUUGCAAAGGUGACCCAACUGCUGUCAAAGCCAUAUCUGGACGGUUCCUCACGACUGUUUUUCCUGGAGAAACUCUAAUAACCGAAAUGUGGCUUCAAGGCUUGAGGGUUAUAUAUCAGACGAAAGUGAAGGAAAGGAACAAAGCCGUGUUAUCUGGUUACGUUGAUAUUCGCGGUUUAUCUUCGUCACUUUAA